UUCCGUGCUUUUGUGGUGGUUGGUUUGUGUCAUCGUAAAACAAAUAAUCAAAUAUCUUGGAACAAAGAGUCUGAUAUCUUAUAUACUUACAAUCUUGACGAGAUUUCUCUCCAUAUUGUUGUGUGAAUACGAGAUCGAAAAAUAAACGAAGAAGCAAUAACAAUGGAGAGUAUCAUGUCCCCGGAGGAGACGACGUGCUCAGAAGGUGAGGACGAACGAAAAGUAGCGGGAAGCAGUGACAUGAACCAUGGAAAUCAUCAAGGUUCUUCCCCCCAGCGCUCAACUUCGUACAGCGAACUCAAUCAAAUGGAGGAAAAAAUGCGACGCAAGCUGCAGUUUUUCUUCAUGAAUCCGAUCGAGAAAUGGAAGGCCAAGCGGAAGUUUCCAUACAAAUUCGUCGUCCAGGUGAUAAAGAUUGUUCUAGUUACGUUCCAAUUGUGUUUGUUUGCACACAACAGAUAUAAUCAUGUCAAUUACACUUGGGACAACAGAAUCACGUUCUCUCACCUAUUUCUCCUCGGCUGGGACUCCACCAGAGAAAUAAACGCAUAUCCCCCUGGAGCAGGACCUCUUGCGGUUUACAAAAUAGAAGAAUUUUAUAAUACACUUGAUUAUGCAUAUGAAGGGUAUUCAAAUGUCCUAACAAAUGCAAUCGGACCAUACUCAUAUAAUGAUGAGACUAACAUUAAGCCUCCGCCUGUGUUCUGUCAAUACAACUACAAACAAGGCAUCAUCAAUGGCUUCAACGAGAGUUACGAAUUCAACUCAGAAAUUGUCGAGACAUGUUUGAAUUUCACAAAAAAGGCAGACGAUGAAGUGUUUCGUUCCAAAUCAUUCAUUGAAGCAGCUGGUUUAAAUAUAAGCUUUGCCUCAUUAGUACGAGCUAAACUAAUGUUUUCAUUGAAAACAAUCAACUUCAGAGCUGCGGGACCUAUCACGCCGCCAGACUGCUACAGAUUUGAUAUUGAAGUCAUUUUCGAUAAUGAAGACCAUGACGGACAAAUGUCUCUAAUUUUGGAGGCGGAACCUUACAAGUUGACUUGCAAAGGAGACACCGCAUACAUUACGGAUAACAAAAUAGACCAAGUGCUGAGAAGUAUACUAAAUAUUCUUGUAAUCCUGAUAUGUGCUGUAUCUUUUAUUUUGUGCAGUAGAGCCAUUUACAGAGCUCAGUUAUUGAAAGAGCUGACAGUACAAUUCUUCAGGCGAGCUUAUAAUAAGGAAUUGAGCAUGGAAGGCAGAUUGGAUUUCCUAAAUGUGUGGUACAUAAUGAUCAUAGUCAAUGACAUGCUCAUCAUAAUGGGUUCAGCAAUAAAGGAGCAGAUUGAACGAAACCAGUUUACGAAUGACCAGUGGAAUGUGUGCUCUCUCUUCUUGGGCACCGGAAACUUACUUGUAUGGUUUGGAGUAUUGAGAUAUCUUGGUUUCUUCAAGACAUAUAAUGUAGUAAUACUGACUUUGAAGAAAGCGGCACCUAAGAUCUUUAGAUUCUCAAUCUGUGCAUUACUGCUAUAUGCUGGCUUUAUGUUCUGCGGUUGGCUGAUCUUAGGCCCCUACCACAUGAAGUUCAGAUCACUAGCUACAACCUCUGAAUGUCUUUUCUCUCUUAUAAACGGAGAUGACAUGUUUGCCACCUUCUCGAUCAUGUCUAAGAAAUCUCCAAUGCUUUGGUGGUUUAGCCGUGUGUACUUAUACUCGUUCAUAAGUUUGUACAUUUAUGUAGUGCUUAGUUUGUUCAUAUCUGUUAUUAUGGAUGCGUAUGAUACAAUUAAGCAGUAUUAUAAGGAUGGGUUCCCUAAGAGUGACCUGCAUCAGUUUAUAGGAGAGGCUAACAUUGAAGAGGUCUCUUCAGGCCUGUACAGAACACAAAGUUCAACAUCUCUUAAUGCAAUAAUGAAUUCACUUUUCUGUUGCAAUUUUUAUAGAAGUGCAUACUCAAAGAUAGGCGGAGGAAGUUCUAGCUUAAAUCUUUAGACUAAUAUUUGAUGUAAACACACCAUGCUGUAAAUAUUUAAUCAAUUUAUUGUUAUCUUAAGAGUGUGUUAGAUAAAUUGUUUAUUAUCUUUGUUUCAUAAUUUAUGAUAGGCAGCUAAGUUACAGCAGCAUAAACCUUAUUGGUAUUGAAAUAAAGUUUAUUAUUGUUGAACAGCAUAAUCAUGGGUGAAGCCUGGUGUCCCAUUUACUACAGGGACAUAUUUCAAGGUAACCAGGUAUUUUACUUAAAAAAUAUUUUAUACGUAUUUUUAAUAAUGUCAAGUUUUUAAAUCUCAUUAUAACUUAUGAAAAUUUGCAGGCCUGUCUUCCCAAGUAAUUGUUUUCGAAACAAUAUAAUAGAGCUUGAAAUAUUGUUAUAAAAUCGUUUCUGAAUAGUUGUAUACUCAUUUUAGUAUUUUUUUGUUUAUUUGUAAGAGUAGUUGUCUUUAUAAAUAUAGAUUUUAAUCGUUACCAAGCUCACCAAAGAAAAUUCACCAAACAGUAAAUAAAAAAUAUUUUAUUAAAUGCGGGUGAAUGCUUGUAUCAAAGUACAGUGUUGCCAUUAGAUUUUUUUUUUCUAAUUUUGAUUUUACUUCUGAGCAAAGUAAUUUUAAUAAAAUACUAUUUUUAGUCGCAAACUUGUACCUUAAAUAUCACUUUAGCGUGGAUAAUUCUGUAUAUUUUAGUACUGAAUGUAUAAAAUGUAAUUAAUACAUUAUUUUUUUAUUGCAAA